UAACGUUCUACACAUCGGUCUCUCACUGGAUGUUUAUUGUUUGAGGCAGGGCUGCAAUCAACAGCAGAAUGACAGCAGUCUGGUUUGCUGUAUUCAAGACUGUUUGAGUCAAGAAAAUAAGCAACUGCAAAGUGCAGAAUGUUGCGGCUUCGCUGUAAGACCAAAAAUGGGAGCCACAUAAUGCAAGGCUUGACUCAUCAGUCCUGUGUGCAAGAGCUGAAGAGUAAGGUGGAGGAGCUGACUGGUAUCCCCUGUGAUGUGCAGAAAAUUAUGGUUGGUUAUCCGCCCUCCAGCCUUGAUCUUCGAAAUGGAGAUGCUCACCUCAAGGACUAUCCCAUCAAAUCAGGAGACACACUUAUUGUUGAGGAAGAAAAAAACAAGCCAAAGCCUCAGGAUCAUCCCACUGUGACUAAACUACCCCGCCUGGAUGUCUCACCCGUGCUAGCACGUCGAGUGGUCCCAGCUGAUAACUCCUGCCUUUUCACCAGUGUGUAUUAUGUGGUAGAAGGUGGUGUAUAUGACCCUGCCUGUGCCCCGGAUAUGCGAGGCCUCAUUGCCCAGAUUGUGUCAAGUGACCCCACAGCUUAUUCUGAAGCGGUGCUGGGAAAAACCAAUGAGGAGUACUGCUCUUGGAUAAGACGUGAUGACACCUGGGGAGGAGCCAUUGAGGUGUCUAUCCUGUCCAAGUUUUACCAGUGUGAGAUCUGUGUGGUGGACACUCAGACAGUUCGAGUGGAUCGCUUUGGGGAGGACGCUGGCUACCACAAACGUGUGCUUCUCAUCUACGACGGCAUCCACUACGACCCACUGCAGAAAGAAACACCUGGCUCUGACGCUCCACCCCAAACUAUCUUCUCCACCACAGAUGAUGUAAUCCUGGCCCAGGCCCUUGAGCUGGCAGACGAGGCUCGCCGCAAGCGGCUGUUCACAGACGUUAACCGCUUCGCAUUGCGUUGUAUGGUGUGCCAGACGGGCCUGGUGGGACAAAAGGAAGCUCGUGAGCAUGCUAAGGAGACAGGCCACACCAAUUUUGGCGAAGUGUGAGUCUUGUUUUGUCUUUUUUCCUUCUCACAAUGACAACCACCACCAACCCUGUGCCCUGCGUCUGGCAACUGUUGGUUUAUCUGUCAAUCUGCUUGUGUGAUCCUCUACCUCACAUUGUUCAGCGACAUCUAUGGAGAAUCUGCAGACAUUAUGUUCAGCCUCUAACCGGUUCAGUAUUACUUUUUAACUACUGUCAUUUCUCAAAAUCAGAAACAUUAUUGCAGAGCUCCGAUGUCAUUAAACCAUCAUUUUAGGCUGUUAGGGAUGGUUUCAAGUCUGUUUAACUGGGUCAGGUAAAAUAUGCAAACAAUUCUUGGAUUUGUUUUAGUCGGUUUAGAGUACUCAAUGGUUGGGUUGUAGUGAUAACACUCCAAAUAGAGGCUGAUGUGUCCUCAAUUUGAAAAUUGCACCAAAUUGCCAACACUUACCUGUGGCUGAAUAAACUUGUAUGCGAUUAAAGAAAUGUGUUAUCUGACUCUAAACAGAAUUUAAAACAACCACUAAGAAUUAUUUGCACUAUGAUGUGAUCCUAUUCACUGUUGUCUUAAGCGCAGCACACAAAGUUUGACUGUUAUUCAUCAUGUUGGUUAUGUAGCAUGUUUUCGUUUCCCUUAUUGACAGAUAUACAUCAGAAACUCUUCCAGUACUAAAAGCUGACGAUUUGGUUGUCUUUAGAUGUCUGACUUGUUGGCCACAGUUUGACUGUGUUAAUGGUAAGCUUGAUUCAUCUUUGUAAAAAAUGUGCUAUUUGCGACAUCUCUUUGAAUUUACUGAGCAGUGGCCAUUGAUAUUGGUGUUUGAGAUUGAGGUUAUGCAUUCUGAAAUGCAUGAUCAAGUUGCAAAUUUUGAUCCAAAAUUAGCCUAAUUACUUUAUGUGAGACCUUUUUCCUUUUUGAUGUUUCAACAUGGUUUAGCCAUUGACAUAUAUGAAGGUGGACAAUGUGUUCUUCCCACUAUACAAAAAUGAAGUCAUAAUAUCCCAGGUAAGAGCACUGCCAUCUUGUGCUGAUGAUGUCAUUAGGAGUCCACAACUGUACAGUUAUCAUGAAACUACUGAUUAAAACCAAAAUAAACACUUGAACAUACACCAUUGUGAUAAGAACUGCCUAAAAUGACAAAAACCAUCUUUGGGAAAAAUUUAUUGACAUGUACUUUGAGUUCUUAGUUCAAAGUCCCCUCUGUUAACAUGGAGGGGUUUAUGACCAGUACUUGAACCUUACACCAGGGGGCGAUGAAGAUGUUUUGACUUCAAUUUUGGCAAGUUCUUAUGUUGUCCAUUUUUAUGUUCACCUAUCAGCUGUAGCAUUAUGACCACCCACCUAAUAUUGAGUAGGUCCCCCUUUUGUCGCCAAAACAGCUCUGACCCGUAGAGGUAUGGACUCCACUAGACCUCUGAACUUGUGCUGUGGUAUCUGGCACCAAGUUGUCAAUAGUCCAUCAGUCAGACUUGUUUUUCCAGCACAUCCACACAUGAGGCCAAGUCAGCGUGUACAACACGUCAUGUUGGUCAAACCAUUUUUGAACCAUUUUUUGCAGUCUACCAUCAAGGAAUACUGUUUCCAUGAAGGGGUCUAGUUGGUCAGCAACAUUGUGUCAAAGUAACGUCCACAUGAAUGGCAGGACCUGAGGUUUCCCAGCAGAACAUUGCACAAAACAUCACACUGCCUCCACCGGCUUGCCUUCUUCCCACUGUGGAUCCUGGUGCCAUGUGUUCCCCAAGUAAGAGACACACAUGCACCCGCUGUUGGAACCAGCAUAAACUUAUUCAGUAAUUUAAGCUACAGUAACUCUUCUAUUAUAUUGGACAGCACAGGCUGGCUUUCUCUCCCCAUGUGCGUGAAUGAGCCUCGGCCGCUCUGAUCCUGUUGCCGGUUCUCCGGUUUUCCUUCCUUGGCCCACUUUUGUUAAGUCCUGGCCACACUUUACAAGACUUGCAGUUUUGGAGAUGCUCUUACCCAAACUUCUAGCCAUCACAAUUUUGUGCUUGUCAAAUUCACUCAAAACUUCAUGCUUGCCCAUAAAAAUCAAUGUUACUCACUUCACCAGUCAGCGGUCAUAAUGUCAUGGUUGAUCGGUGUACAGUUGCCUGGUUUAUCAGUGGUUAUUUUAGAGUGGACUAAUGGUGCUGAAAACAAGACAUUUUACAAAAUCUGUAGCUUUGUUUUUCUUCAUGGGUAUGACAAUUUUUCAGGAGUGUAAUUUAUAAUUCUAGGUUGUAAUUUUCAAAACAUCAUGAUGCUGUACAAACUAAUCUUUUAAAAAAUACAGUUUUUGUUUUAUGUGGAUGCAUAUUUUUGAAAGUACAGUAAGCGUUAUGAUGUGUUGGAGCAUUGCAUUUUAACACAAAUGAUGGUGAGAAGAAGGUGUAUGAGAUUAAGCCUGCUCUCCUAAUGCAUAAAUCGUUCAUCGUAUAGCCUAUACAUGACGGGUUUUGCUAAUCAGUAUUGACCAUUGAUCUUUUUUUGGUUUUAAAUUCGCAGCUCACUUUUGCAGCCCAAAGUUAAUAGAUUGAAAACUAUGAGUAAAGAUUCAUUUUGGUGUAGUUUUUAGUAUGUUGUCCAAAAAAAAAAACAAAAAAAAAAAACCACACAGUUCUUUUACACAAAAUGUUUUGCACCAUUGGAGCAUGUUCUCACAUUUUCAGCUAAAGUCAGGCAUCUUCUAUUGGGAGUGUUUCUGUAUUUCCAUGGUCCUAAAUUCCCAAGUUUCUAAGUUUCUCUGUUCAGCAUACUGUUAACCUUACUGUUUGGAUCAAAAUCCCAACCCUAACCCUGGGAACACAGGACCCUGUGAGAGCAUGUGUAGAACUGCAGAACAUAGGUCAUGUUCCCAUCGUGUGCCAUAUAAAUCUGGAGAACAUAGGACCCUGGGAACAGAAUGACUCCCAUCUCUUUGCUAACUCUUUUGAUGCUCUCUGCUUGUAUGGCUGAAGCACAUGUUAGACCACGGCUAAAAGAUGUUAAAUUGCAGAAUUGUUUUUUUUUUUCCUUGAAGCUGAAUUUAUUAUGGCCUCAUUUUUGUGCAGAACCACUAUUUCUACUUCACAUAUCUGUGAUAGCAAUAUUGGUACCGAGUUGUUGCCAAAAAUUAAGUUUGAGAAUGGAGGUCUUGAUUUCGGCUUUCAUUCAGAUUUUUUUUUUUAUUGGUUCGAUCUCAGAGUAGGUGUUGGGAAUAAAUGAAAGGCAAAGCAAAAAUGUCAGAUUAUUUCUUUGUUUAAAUGUGAAUUACUAUUAUUUGUUUUCCUCAUUAUCUGUUACUUUAGGUAGUUUAACAGUGAUUAUGGAUUAAUAGGCUUGCAUACAAGUGAAACUAUAAAAUGGCUGUGUUGUAUUUUGUAGUUACAAAGUUCUCAUGACUCUCCAAGGACAAUAACCAUGAAUGUUGCACACAAAGCACUACAGAAUAACUGGAUUUACUUGAUUUUUUUCAAUGUUGUGUCACAAUUAAAAGUUACAGCUAAAGA